GCCAGAGCUCAGGCCAUGUAUUUAGACGCGGCCAGAGCCAGCGGUCCCCAGAGCUGCCUUCCAAUCGCUGCGAUGAGUGGGGAGUUCUGGCUGUGGGCGUUGUGCGCCCUGCUGCCAGCCUUGUGGCUGCUGAGCUUCUUGCGCACCGAUACUGACCUGAUGCUGCUGUGGGCUGCGUGGCUGGGUCGGCGUCCAGAACAGGUGCUGACUUGUGGCAUGGUGGUGUGGGUGACUGGAGCAUCCAGUGGCAUUGGCGAGGAGCUGGCUUUCCAGUUGUCUAAACUGGGCGUCUCUCUGGUGCUGUCAGCCAGAAGGGUGCAGGAACUGGAGCGGGUGAAGAGAAGGUGCCUGGAGAAUGGCAAUUUAAAAGACAAAGAUAUACUGGUUUUGGCCCUUGACCUGGCUGACAGAAGUUCCCAUGGUGCGGCUGUGAAAGCUGUUCUCCAGGAGUUUGGUAGAAUUGACGUUCUGGUCAACAAUGGUGGAAUAGGGCAUUGUUGCUUUGCUGUAGAUACCAACCUGGAUGUCUUCAAGAUGCUAAUAGAGGUCAACUACUUAGGGACGGUGUCGUUGACCAAGUGUGUUCUACCUCACAUGAUGAAGAGAAAGCAAGGAAAGAUCGUGACCAUAAAUAGCCUUGUGGGGAUUGGACCUUUACCACUUUGCAGUGCGUACUCUGCUAGCAAACACGCCCUUCGGGGGUUUUUCAAUACCCUCCAAACUGAACUUUUCAACUAUCCAGGUAUAACAGUGUCUACCAUUUACCCAGGACCUGUGCAUUCGAAUAUUUUCGAGAAUUCUUUAACUUCAGAUGUUACCAAGAUUUUAGGGAUUAAAGCGGACGAUGUUUCCAAGAUGGCAACGAGCCGCUGUGCCCGGCUGAUACUAAUCUCCAUGGCCAAUGACUUGAAGGAAGUCUGGAUGGCUAAGCAGCCUGCCUUGUUUAUGACAUAUGUGUGGCAGUAUGUGCCAAUCCGGGACUGGAUAUUUUCAAGGAAGACAUGGAAGAAAAUUGUUGAAGGCUAUAGUGUGGAUAUGGAAGACCUAGAAGACAAUCGUCACAAGAAGCUGAGUGAAUGAGGCUGCCUAAUCUUGCACUUUUAGCCAUCAAAUUGAUUACAGACCCCUCUUGAAGCCUGGGAGACAAAGGAUGAUUGACGGGAGCCCUAACCAUUUCCAAACCACCAGAAAGGAAGCUGGGAACAUAAAUACAAUGCUCUCAUGCACCGAAGACUGACGGAGGACUGAAGUAUAAUUUUAUGCUUGUUAUCCUUCAAAAGAAGUUUGGCCAGGUAGCCCAGGCUGGCCUCUAAGUCAGAUACUCCAGCCUCAGCCUCCUGAAUGCUGGGAUUUUUGGCAUCCUCUUUUGUGUGCUUCAUUUUGAUUUUUGACCUAACUUCUUCAACAUGUAAUAAAUAAAAAGUAAAAUAUCACGAUGAA